UAGCGUUGUUGUUUAAAACACGUGUCAGCCAAAAUAAUGAGAAAUAGUAAAAUUAUUUGGUUUAGUGUAAAUUUUUAAAGAAACUUACCUUUCAAGUUUGUUUUUUUGGGGGGGAGGGGUUAGGUUAUAAUCCAACGUUUAAAAAAUUAUUAUUAUUUAACAUGACGUGCACCUUUAAACGAGGAAUUCCACUCGCGUCAUGUUUAAUGAACAUAUCGGAAGCUCGUGAAAAAGAUAUUGUUGCACGUGUUGCGCGUGCGGCAUUAGAAAUAAAUAAGGAUGGUUCAAAUAAUGAAUUACCAGAACCUUUGAGGUUGAAGGCUAGUGUUCUGAACAUUUUUUCUGACUACGACUACAAUCGAUCUGUUAUAACCAUUGUAGCACCACUUCAGUUUAUUGGUAGAAGUGUACUUAGUGCCUGUUAUAAAGCCUGUGAACUGAUCAAUUUCACCGAACAGUGUGGUGUACACCCUCGUCUUGGAAUAGUAGACCUGAUUCCCAUUCAACCCCUAACUCCAGAAGUAACAUUAGAAGAAUGUGGUGAUGUUGCAAGAGAUAUUGCCUUCUCUUUGACAAAGAAUAUCCCUGGAACUUCUGUGUUUUUGUUUGGUCAUGCUGACAAACCACUCCAUCGAAGCUUAGUAGAACGCAGAAAAAAUCUGAAAUGGUAUAAAGGAGCUAAAAAUUUUGAUUUUUCUAAAAUCACUUCUGAUAUAGGUGUAAAUCCUUCAGCUUCUUAUGGAAUUACAGGUAUCGGAGCUCAUCCAUAUGUAAUGAACUGCAAUGUUACUGUAGACACAAACAAUGUCAAUACAGGCCAAGAAAUUGCCAAGGCGAUUCGGGCUUCAUCCGCUGGUGGUCUCCCUGGCGUACAGGCAAUGGCCUUUCCACAUGAAGGAAAAGUUGAAAUUGCUUGUAAUGUGGAAAUGGUUCUUAACACAGAGUACAAUAAAAAUAUUCUAGAAAAAAUGGAAGUAAUUGAUAGUGUUAUGGAAAGUCAAGGAUUUUAUGUUUCACCUGAAGGUAUAGAAAAUCGAGUGAAAAAAGAAGCAUCAAAGUUUGAAAUAGGAGUGAUUGGAACAGCUGUUGUUGGUUUACUCCUUAUCAAGCUUAUAAAAUAGGUCUCAAUGCAUUAACACUUGGAAUUGGAGAAUUUUGGAGUACUAAAAAGAAACAAACUAUGUAAGACUUGUGACAGUAUGGGAGAAGCUUGGUGUUCUAAUUAUUAUAUGAAAAUAAAUAUACUUCAAAUUUUUUCAACUAAAAAGUAUUGAAUGUCUCACUAAAUAAAUUUGGAAUUAACUAUAAGUUACGGAGUUGCUUAUGAACUUGAUGUUUUAUUAUAUGUAGCUGAUGAAGUUACUCCAUAAAUUUUUGUCACAUAAUAACUCUAUUUAGUUUAGUUUAAUAUAUAUAUGUGAAAUCAUACAGAGAUUUUAGUUCCUUGAGUCAUUGACUUUCUAUCGAUUUUUAUAAUGUGCUCAUUGCUUUCCAUGUAUCCUAAAUUUUGGUUUAUAUAUGAUUUAGAUUCAAAUAUGUAUAUUUUUUAGUCAAUGCAGCUUUUUCUCAUAAAAUAGUUUGCAUAUAUGUGUAGCUAAUGUAAAUUUUUUGGGUACUACACAAAGUCAGUAGUAACAACAACCUUGCAUACCACAGAUGUUAAAUGUAGCAGAUGAGGAUUAGUGUUGUACAUAAAAAAAGGUAAAAGAAGUGUUAUAAUAAACUAAUACG